GACUGUGUUUGUGCCAGAAUAUAUAUGAUGUACUUGUCCUUGAGUGCUGUACUCCUCGGCCUCAAGAAACUUUGUUAUUCUGUUUCUUAGUAACUGGGGCUUGAUUUUUUAGGCUAUGUUAGUGAGGUUGUUUUGACUUAAAUUAGAUGCAUGUAAUAGUACUGUUGCUACAGCAUAGUUACCUAGUUACGUGUUAGGGACCUUUCAUAAAAUUUACAACCCUUCUCAGAAUACCUUGUCUCAUUUUGCUGAUCCACACCACCUCCUUCGAUAUGUACUCGCUUUCUCACACUAUGCUAUGAAGAAGCACUACACAGGACAGCUGGGCGUUUGGAACUGUUUGAAUUAUAUGUAAUGUCUAUGAAAUGGAGUUCGUGCGUUUAUCUCACUUUAUUCUACCUCUUUCUACCCCUGGUGUCCAGUCAACAAACUAAUGAAGCACGCUUGUCAACCACCACAUAUCAGUGUGACUGCAUGGAGUAUUGGCAGUGUGUAGGGGCAGGUGGAAAUCCGUAUUCUUACUGCAGCUUCAGCAACAAGGUCUGCUGUUUCAUCGAUCCCGAUGCUGAAAAUGUGGGGAUCCUCCCUCGGCCCAAUAAGGUUGUCACCUGUGGCGAGAAAGGCGUCGAUAGUAAUAGAGAAGGUUUAGCGGAGCCUGGGGAGUGGUCUUGGCACGCAGCCAUAUUAGAAAAGCCACGAGACCUGUACGUGUGUGGAGCUUCGCUAUUGGAUGAACAGUGGGUAUUAACAGCUGCUCAUUGUGUGGAUGACUAUACUACCAUUGAAUGUAUUGAAGUCUGCACGUUUAGUGGUGUAGGAUUAAUUCCAACUAUAAUUUGUGUAAUGAAACGUUUAUUUUGUUUUUUAGCAUCGGAACACUCUCUAAUUUUAAAAGAAGUUAAUGUCCCAUUAUGGAAAAGAAAUGACUGUGAGGGGGCGCUGAAGCAACACUUUGGGCCCCAAUACAAACUUCCAGAUACAUCUAUCUGCGCAGGAAGAGAAGGCCGUGAUGCAUGUGACGGCGAUGGGGGUGGUCCAUUAAGUUGCGAGAAGAAAGGACAUUGGUAUCAGGUUGGAAUCGUCUCGUUCGGGAUUGGCUGUGGCCGACCAAAUACACCUGGUGUGUACACUCGAGUUGGAAGUUACAGAACCUGGAUACGUGAUGUUGUCCUACAUUCAUGAAAGCAACAGUUACAUUUUAAGCUCUGUCAAAAACCUAUCAAUUCCACGUGUUUGACAACGUGGUGGACUAGCACAUAAGCUGUUUUCUCAAAAUGUAGACUCGGCUCGGAGAAACAACUAGGAACUGUUGUGUGAGCAGGAUUCACAUGGUGUGAACCAGUUAAUGAAAACAAAAACAGUAAAUGUUAUGGACAAUAAUAAACAUCAGUGAUGUCAGAUGAGAUCUAAAUAUGAUGUGAUACUACAUAGAAAUACUUUCAAAUUCUCAUGCACCCAGUUCUUGCUACAGAAUAUUCCCUUUUAUGUAAAACAUGAUUCAGUUUACUGUGAAUUUACAAACCAGAGAGUUAUUCAUACCACUAUCAACAGAAUAUUAUUCUCAUUAAUAUUAAGCUGAUUUUCAGCUUACAGUUGUCCUUUUAAAAAUAUAUAUUUUUUUUUCUGGUAUGGUUAAUACAUAAGAUAAAGUGUUGUUUCGCAAAGCAAAAUAAGAUGCACAGUAACAAACAAAAUGUUUUAUU